AUGGCGCGCAUCAACAGCACCCUGCAGCCAACUCGCAAUGUUCAGGUCUUCACCCUUGAGACUUUCAGCAGCAAGGACUUCAUCGUCAAGGACUUUGUAGAAUCCCUUUCCGAAUCAGCGAUACCGAAUCGAAAGUCGCUCUCGUCAUAUGCGCCCAACACGGUCACACAACCAAGUCAGGCCUUCGACCCAAGACCUCUGAUCCGAACGUUUGAGCAUGCUCUUGGUAAGCUGAAGACCCUCAGUGAGGAUCUUCAAGAGCGCGAAAACGAGCUCAGCGGAAGCGUGCGGAGAGCGGAGGUCCAGCACAAUGCCAACAUCAAAUCACGGGAAAAGGAGCUCGACCGUGCCAUUGCUUCAUUUAAAAAGCUCGAGAGGACUUUAGAUGGAGACGAUGACGGCAGUGGGAAUGCGGCGAUGCGCAUUGGCGAGCGACUUGAAGAGCUAGAUCGACAGAGACAAAAGGCGCAGGACGCCAAGUUCAUUCUACAUUGCUGGCUUGAAGUCAGCGAGCGUGGGGAUCUGUCGUCAUUGGAUGAUGUUCGCAAGAUGGGCGGAGGAGAAGGGAAGGUCCGAUGCGCGCACAUUGCACGACAGUUGCUCAAGAUAUCCCAGAGACUGGACCCGAGUUCAGAAACCCAGGGCCCUACUCUGAAUGGAAAUCAUGGCCUGGGCGAGACGUCUGAAGAACAUGACCCGGCGUCUGCUACUUCUCGACGAGCUAGGAGCACGAAUCAGCCUCGAGAGAUUAUCGAGAAAUUUCUAGAGAUGCUUGAAAAGGAUCUGUUGAAGUCUUUCGACGAGUACUAUCGGAGACAGAACUUCGCUGGAAUGCGUGAGUACGCAAUCGCGUUGCGCGACUUCAAUGAGGGAAGCUCUGUCGUCUCUUUGUUCGUCAACCAACACCAGUUCUUCAUCGACCGAUCACAAUUGGUGACAGAGGAACUGGUGAUAGACAAUGAUACGUGGGGUCGUCUUGCUGAUCCUGACAUGGAGCCACCCGGAGUUGAACUCAGUCUUCAGUCCCUUAUAGACGAGGUCAAAGUCGUUGUGCAGGAGGAGAGUUUCAUCAUUAAACGUGCAUUCCCGUACUACGAAGAGGUACUUGCACGCUUCGUACAACGGGUCUUUCAACAAUCAAUUCAACAGAGAUUAGAGAUGGUCCUCAACAAAGCGGAUGAUAUUUCCUCCUUGGCUUUUCUACGAUCAUUACAAGCAUCAAAGUCAUAUCUUGCAGCUCUGGUCGAAGACCUCAAGGCACAUGGGCUCACUGAACAUCCGGAACCCGCGUCAUCGACGACUGCGGCAAUUUUGGACCAGCAACUGGACGAAGUUUUUAUGCCAUACUUCACCGGCUCAAGCUACAUAGAGCGUGAGAAACGCAACCUUGGAGAACUCUUCGAAGGACUGCUGUUCAAAUUUGCUCUUUUUCACUCUCGGCGCAAGAAGCUGCAAGCGCAGUCUAGCACUUAUCUUGCUUCAUUCUCGGCCCGCAGCAAAGAGUUCAUCAGCAGCGCUCGAGAAGCAUACAUUGAGCGAUUGGAUAGCACUGACCUGCAACCAGGUCAAAAGGCCAUGCUGUUGAGGGUGGCUGGACUAAACAACACCAAAGAUCAGACACCGACGGACAUCGAGGUGACUAACGAAGAUGGACAAUUAAGCAUCGCCUUCACAAGGAGGAUGCUCAAAUGGCUCGCGGAAGGCGUUGGCAGAGGACUUGAGCUCGCCGGUGGUGGCAAUGAUACACCUAAGGAGAUUCGCGAGCUCCUGCAUCUGCUGGUAUCCAACUUGGGAGAGGUUUACCUUGAGACGGCUCUGGAUGCAACAAUCGAUGCUGCAUCAGCGGCAGAGGUCAACGCCAAAACCAAGCCAGAUCUGGAUCUAGGCUACGUCCGGGAUUUGAAAACGGCGAUCAAUGUGCUUCAUUUGAUGCUCACGACAAUACAAAUGUUGCUUCUUCCCCUCGCAGCCAGCAAUCUGACUAUCAGUCGAGAUUUGGAGAAACAGACCAGCACGUUUGUGGAGAAUAUGGAAGCUAAGGUCGAUAUCAUCCUGCAGAAGACGAUCGAUGCUGCGCUCGCGUGGACGACACGUGCUCUCGCAGGACAAAAAAAGACUGACUUCCGACCGCGCGAUGAUGCUACCCUACAGCUCGAUCAGCUUCAGACGGCUACUUGUCAGACCGUCUUCACUUUCUACAGCAGGCUACGCGCAGAUGCUGCCACCGCUCUAUCAGGGCGCGUGUUGGAAUCAUUCUCAUUAGAGCUCGCAGUUGGUCUCCGGGCAUUGCUUCUUCAGCAUUUCAAGUCAUUCCAAGUUUCAUUAACCGGCGCUUUGGCGGUCUCAAAGGACAUUACCAAGUACAUUGAGCUUCUCCGAUCAUGGAAACUGCCUGCAACCUUUGAUCCCAGCUUGGAAGUGUUGACAGAGAUUGCAAACCUGUUCGUCAUUGGCCCAGAAGCUUUGCGCGAUCGACUGAGGAAUUUCGGCUCUGGUAGUGGCGGCCUGCAGGGCGUGGAGAAGGCGGAUCUGCGACCAUAUAUCCUAAGGCGUGAGGAUAGUGGGAGUGUCGGAGUACAGACCGUGCUUCAUGCAUUAUGA